UUUUUUCCUACUUUUAACAAGUUUUUUCUGCAGCUUGAGGCGCGAUUGAGGAACCUUGAAGGCAAAGAGUUGGGUCGUUUUGCCGGUUCUGCUAAGGGAAAACCUAAGAUAGAAGCAUAUGACAAGGACAGAAAGAAAGGAGCGGGAGGACUGAUCACCCCGGCUAAGACAUAUAAUGCUUCGGCUGAUUCAAUUAUCGGACAAAUUGUCGAUUCCGCCAUGGAUGAGGAUAAACAAGAGGCUUCUGUUGCUGAUAAAAAGAAAGAAAAGAAGGAAAAGAAGAAAAAGAAGGGGAAAAAUGAAGAGGAACCAACUGUUCAAGCUGAUGUUGCUGAGGAGCCAGAACCCGAAGUUGAGAAGAAAGAAAAGAAGAAGAAAAGGAAGGAGGCUAGUGAGAGUACUGAGUUGCAGAAUGGGAAUGGAGACAUGAAUGCAGGAGAGAAGAAGAAAAAACGGAAAAAGCAUGCAGAGCAAGAAGAAUCUCCUGAAAUGCCAAGCAAGAAGAAAGGAAAAAAAAAGAAAACUGAAAACUAAAGUUUAAUAGCGGUGUAGUCAUCUACUAAUCUGGUGAAUGACAACCAUUUUUGUAUACUUCUGGCAGGUCGGUAGUUUGUUCGGUAAAAUUUUUGUUUUCAUUUUUAUGCAACUUGUAGCCUUAUAUACAUCCUUAUUAUUUUUUAAUGGGAUACAUUCCUUCUUUC